GGCAGGAUACACAGCGCCGGGCAGCAGCCAGGCCACCCCCAUCCCACAGCCAUGACAUCCUACCGGCAAGAGCUGGAGAAAUACCGGGACAUCGACGAGGACAAGAUCCUCCAGGAGCUGUCGGCCGAAGAACUGGAGCAGCUGGACACAGAGCUGCUGGAGAUGGACCCUGAGAACGUGCUGCUGCCGGCGGGGCUGCGGCAACGGGAUCAGACACAGAAGAGCCCGACGGGACCGUUGGACCGCGAGGCGCUGCUACAACACUUGGAGAAACAGGCAUUGGAGGCAAAGGAACGUGAGGACCUGGUGCCAUUCACUGGAGAGAAGAAAGGGAAACCCUUUGUGCCCAAAAACCCAACGCGGGAGAUCCCCCGUGAGGAGCAGAUCACGCUGGAGCCGGAGCUGGAGGAGGCUUUGGCCAACGCCACUGAGGCUGAGAUGUGUGACAUUGCAGCCAUCCUGGGGAUGUACACACUGAUGAGCAACAAGCAGUACUACGACGCCAUCUGCAGUGGGACCAUCAGCAACACGGAGGGCAUCAACAGUGUGGUGAAGCCAGAUAAAUACAAACCAGUGCCAGAUGAGCCCCCAAACCCCACCAAUGUGGAGGAGACGCUGCGGCAGAUCCAGGCCAACGACAGCGCGUUGGAGGAUGUCAACCUCAACAACAUCAAGGACAUUCCCAUCUCCACGCUGAAGGCCAUCUGCGAGGCCAUGAAAACCAACACCCAUGUCAAGAAGCUCAGCCUGGUGGCGACCCGCAGCAACGACCCUGUGGCCAAUGCUGUGGCUGAGAUGCUGGCAGAGAACAAAACACUGCAGAGCCUCAACAUUGAGUCCAACUUCAUCACCAGCACCGGCAUGAUGAGUGUCAUCAAGGCCAUGUACCAGAACAGCACCCUAAGCGAGCUCAAGGUGGACAACCAGUGCCAACGCCUGGGGGACACGGUGGAGAUGGAGAUGGCGACAAUGCUGGAGAAGUGCCCCUCCGUCGUGCGCUUCGGGUACCACUUCACACAGCAAGGCCCCCGUGCCCGAGCUGCCAUCGCCAUCACCCGCAACAAUGAGCUCCGUCGCAAGCAGAAGAAAACCUGAACAUCCCCCAUCACGGCCCCACUGGAGCCCAGAGCUCGGCUCAGCCAUGGGUUCUGCUCUGGGCUCCCUGGGGCUGGAUCCACUGUAAAUAAAGAGGACGGAGACACGGA